UUUACUUAGCAAAGCAGGAACCCUUCGCCUCUGAGUGCAGCAUGGGGUCUGAUGAUUCGUACAAUUUUGUCUUUAAAGUGGUUUUGAUCGGAGAGUCUGGCGUAGGAAAGAGCAACCUUCUGUCUCGCUUCACCAAGAAUGAGUUCGCCCAUGACAGCCGUACCACCAUCGGUGUCGAGUUCAGCACACGGACCGUGCAGAUUGAUAACCUCACCAUCAAAGCUCAAAUCUGGGACACGGCCGGCCUGGAGCGCUACAGAGCUAUCACCUCAGCGUAUUACAGGGGAGCAGUUGGAGCGCUGCUGGUGUAUGACAUUAGCAAGCACUUGACCUAUGAGAGCGCAGAGAGAUGGCUGAAGGAGCUGUACGACCACGCAGACCCUCAUAUCGUGGUCAUGCUGGUGGGAAACAAAAGCGAUCUGGACACUCUCAGGACCGUACCCACAGAUGAGGCCAGAGACUUUGCAGAAAAGAAAGGUCUGAUUUUCAUGGAGACAUCAGCGUUGGACUCCACCAAUGUUGAAGCAGCUUUCAGUGAAGUUCUCACAGCGAUCCAUAAGAAGGUGGCCAGCAGAGAGGUGACCCGUGGCUCCAUCAGUGCUGUGACCCUCUCCAGCCCCAUUGGGCCAAGCAGCGAGGCACAGGAGGAGCGCAAAGGCUGCUGCAGGAGCUAAUAACAGACUGCGACCCCCCCCCCAGAAAGAUUUGCUGUGUACAUACUGAAGCA